AUGAAAGCUAGACAAAAGGAACUUGCUGAGGGAGGAAAAGAUAAAGGCAGAGCUCGCAAUACCCAAGGUCAAUUGUUCAUCAAAGAUCAUAUUCGAGCCGAAUGUAUGUUAUUAUUUACCGCCGGUGCUGAUACUACCGGCACAAUAGUGGGAGCAAUGAUGGCCUACCUUCUUUCCAACUCUACAGUUUACACUAAAAUGGUGGCUGAGAUUGACGCCGCUAUUGACAAUGGUGUAUUAUCUACCCCUGUCCCGGCAGCGGCAGAAGUUUCCAAGAACUGUUUAUACUACGUUGCUUGUGUCAAAGAAUCCUUACAUUUAUGUCCUUCAGCCCCUAAUAUCUUCCCUCACCUUGUCCAAGCUGAUCAUGCUCCACUUGUAAUUAACGGGAAAACCAUUUCAGUUGGAACUAAAGUUACCAGUACUACGUACAUGGCGAACCGUGAUCCAGUAGUUUAUGGAAAAGACGCGGAUGAAUUCAGACCCGAAAGAUGGUUGGAAAACAACGGAGAAGCUGGUAAAGUGUUCGAUAAAUAUCUUGCUACUUUCGGAUAUAGCAUUCGAAGUUGUUUGGGUAAGGAUCUUUUUUUCCGAGUAUUCAAUCCACGACUGUGCCUCUCAAGCAAAGAAACUCUAUCCCCAAAACGUAUUUUGGUUGGCGCUAUGUUUUAUUGGGAUGAUAUUUGGAUGAAGCUUGAGAAAAGAGAUAUUUCUGGAUUCACCUGGUAA